AUUACCCAACAAGAUUUUUCCACAGGCUUUUCCAUUAUAUUAUAUUAUAUACUAAUUCUAAAGAUUUCUAUAUUUGGUCAACUUCAAGCUGUAAUUCAAGCUUUUGCAUUGUACGAGAUGGAAAAUAUCGGUUCCGAACAAAUCGAAACUCCUGGAUCAUGUGACAACUAAUUAGAUACUACACGUGUUCCUGUGAUACGAACGAAGGAAUCACGCAUGCACGAUACAAAGCUCGUCAAACGUUUGUAGUAACGUGAAACACCAUUGAUCUAUCGACUAACCUCAUUACAUUCUGUUUAAACACACUACAUGCAAGUUAAUCAUACAAAUGAAAAAAGAAACAGCGAAGAUAAAAUGAAUCAAUCUUGCAUCAGCAACAAUAGAGUCCUGGGAUUCGCGAAACUCGGCCCGUGCCUCGACAGGAUCAAGCCACUUUUGGGUCCCAGCUUGGAAAACAGGAUUCGCGCGACGCUCGAGGAGUUUGUUUGCGAGUCGAACUCAGACUGUGCAAAACGAUUUCCACGAGUGAAGAAAUUCCUGAACAUGGUGGCCGAAUGGGCCGACCGUUUGGACGUCUCUGCCAAGGACACGGAUAUCAGGCAGGAAAUGAUUAAGCACACGAUCGAAUUUCUGCUGAAGGAUGGCCUAGUGACACAAUUCGCGGAUCCAGCCAUUCUCAACAGAGGGCCGAAUAAAUUAGAUGCCGAUUCCUUGGUCGCCGAGCAGAAUGCCUUGAAAACCAUGAACGUCUGGAGGUUUAUCAACGAGAAGGACUAUUGGCUGUGCCAAGAUUGCGCAACAACCACUUGCGUACGUCCAGAAACAAGUCAACAAAUUUACCAAUGCAGAAAACAGAGAUCCGGCAGUGAUUUAGACGUCGAAGUCGGUUCAAUUUCGCAAGAAUCGUCAACCGUUUACACUAGCUGUAGAACAAACUCUAUCUGCAGUUCAGUUUGCAAUCGAACAAUCGAAAGCACGAAAUCUCAAGUAAAAAUCAAUUGCCGAAAUUUCGAGGUGGUUUUGGAACCAAAUGGGAAUAUAGCAAACUCACGCAAAAAUAUUUCAAACACGUUCGAUAAUACCAGCUGUUGUCCAAGAAGGGAAAAUUUAAAAAAGUUUGGUCUGAAGGUAAAGUUUGAUUGUGAUACAAAAUUUGUACAGACUGAAACUAGUGGAAAAAAUUUAAACUUUAUCUUCAAAGCAAGUGCAAGCACGCUGAACCCUAUAAAAGAAGCUUUUGGUACAAAAUGUGAUAGAAAAUUCGCACAGACACAAACUAGUCAAAAAAAUAUAAACUUUAUUUUCGCAGCGAACCCAAGCACAUCGAACCACCCAAAAGAAGCUUCUGACACAAAAGGCGAUGCAAAAUUCGCACAUACGCAAACUAAUGAAAAAAAUAUAAACUUUAUUUUCGAAGCAAGCCCAGGCACAUUGAACGCUCCUAAAGGAACUUCUGAUAUUCUCAACUUUCCUAAGCCCUUGCCACGAAGAAAAUAUUUAAAAAACUCAGACGCAAAAGCGAAAUGCGACUGCGAUCGAACUCAAUCUCCCAAAAAGCCCAAAUUAAAGAUUUAUAUUCAUAGAACAACGAGCACUAGUCGUUCUAACGUUCGAAGUUCACUAAACGUGUCCAAUCUUUCGUUGCCUUGUAAAUCGAGUCAGCUGAUCGUUCGAUUGUUCGAAGCUGACCCAUCGUUAUCGGAUUCCUGUCUAAUUUUGAUGAGGAAACGAUUCGAGAAAGACAUCAACAACGCUUGCUCUUGCAUGAACGACAUUCUGAAGAAGUUGGACGAUUCAACGAUCAAACAGUUGCACUUGAACUGCGAGAUUCGACCUGGUCGCGUAGAUCUGAAUCUUUCAUGCAAGAAUGGUGAAAACUCGAAGAGUAGAUGGUUCCUUGCUCGAGUUCCCACUUGUAGCAACGUUCACAAACGCGUUUCGCACACCAGGAGCAUCGAAAGCUGCGAGAAUCCGAGGGAUCGACGCGGAGAGCCUCGACGUUCGAUGGAACUUCCGGUUGAUGCUGAUUGCUGCGAAGAUGCGGCGAAACGUAGCGGAGAAUUCGAAGAACAACACGUUGCUUUUUAUUCUGUUUGCUCGAAUCAUAGUCUGAUGGAAGCGAAACAAAGCUCCACGUUGGAGAAUAAAAUCGGAAAGGAGGAGAAAGAGAAGCAGCUUAAUCUUGCGUGGGCAGGAGAGGGAGAGAAGCAGAUGGAUUUCGUGCUUCCUUCGCAUUUAAUAAAUUCGCAGGACAAGGAUACCGUGAUUUCUGCCAAAACUGCUAUCGAACGACCUGGAAAAUAUAAUAAUGAAAUUUCUGACAGAAAAAUUUACCAGUCAACGUCGUUAAAUAGAGAAAAGGAAGGGUUGGGACAAUGUAGAACUGAAGAAGUGGUGGAUGUAAAUAAAGAAAUCGAAAUAUGCGAUGAUGGAUUUGUAGAAGAUUCUAUACAAGGUUCUGAGAAUCAUCUGAUAGAAUUAUACGAUAUUAAGUGUGACUGUUCUCUGGAUAGUUUCGAGGAAGGUGUCUUUAGGAAAGAUUAUUCGACGACCAGAGGCUGCAACCCUGAGAAAUGUUCCUGUGAUGCGUUCUCUACGGGUGAUAGAAUCGUUAAUCAUAGUUCAUCAGAAACAAAAGAUUUAGAUGAUAAAAAUACAAAAGUAGAGAGCUUCUGUCCUUUAAACGAAGACGCUUUGAAACUGCAAGUAUCUACUUCGCAGAAAAAAAAUAAUUCCAAGCUAGAAGAUUGUGUUUCAAAGGAUACUUCCUGUUUAGGAAUAGAAAGGGAAGUCGUAAGGAAUGAAGAACGUGUUUUCGAAUUGAAACAAAAUAUUUCUCAGAUGGAAAAUACAUCUAAAGAAGAAAUCAGCAGUUUAGGUUUCAGAGAAAAGGAAAAAGUUAUUUUGAAGGUAGAAGAAAAAUAUAGCGCCGAUUCUAUUUGCGCGUCAAAUUCCAGCCCCAAGGAACUUGGUUGUGAUACGAAAUGUUCCUGCUGCGGUGAAGAUCUUCCGAAUCCUUCGUCUGUCGAAAAAAUUAAUCUUGAAGCAAACAAACGUUCUACUUGUACUAAUAAAACACCUGUCGAUUUAAAAGAUCAUGAGACAUUAAAUCUCAUUGUAACAGAAAAUGCAACAACUUCGGAAGCUGUAAGAGAAUCUUCUAAUCUCCACUAUCUUGAAUUUAAAAUGGUUCCGAAUGUUCACGUUGAAUCAAAUACAACUUCGAUUCACGAUCAAUCUUCCACAGUGACCGAUAACAAUUCGACAGAUUUCUCAGAAAAAUGUUUUGAUAAUUGCGAGAAAAAUUCAAUCGAGAAUUCUUGCGACCAAGAAGCUACGUUUAUUGAUAAUCCUCCAAACUUCUCGACAUAUUCGAAAGUUAAGGAUUCGCCGAUCACUGAAUCCUUGUUCGUAUUCUGCAAUUCGAACAUAAAACAGUUUUCUUCCAUAUCGAACUCCUCCACGGACGAAGAAUGUUCGUCGAAUGAAAAUCAUCGUGCAAGAAGCAAAGAAAUUGGAAAAUCGCCAUGUCGAAGAGCUAUUCCAACAAAAUGUCACCGGAAGUCGAUAUACUCCAUCUCGUAUAAACCUUCCUAUUCCAUGAGAAAUGUCCCUCGAGUCAAUUGCGCGAAACAUAGUUCGAAAGAGAAAACAAACGAGAAAGACGUUCCGAUCGUCCCUCGAUAUAAAAAUCGUCUAUGGCGAGGACCGAUGGCUCCUGGAAGUCUGUGCAGCUCUUUUCCAGCCAUCGACAGGAUCAAAUAUCUGAUUCGUAAGAAACUCCGAAAAUUGCUGCUGGAAGAACGUGACAAGGGGACCAGCACGUCGAAAACGUUUCUGAGGAACGACAGAUACCUUGUCAGCAUUUCGAGCGGAAAAUUGAACGGCGGUCGAAUAAUUCGCGAGUCUUGUUCCUCGACUCGUUGCCCUUUUACUACCAGAAAUCGAUACGAAACUAGAGGAGAAGCCGAGAAAACGUUCACCGAAGGAAGUUGCUUGGACAAAAAUAAAAACAUUUUUGGGGACAUUAUUAAAGCAAGAUGCCAGAGAAUGAUACAAGGUAACGACAUACUUAAGAGGAUCAGGAUGGCUAACGUUUCAAGGUCUCAGAAAUACGAUUCGAAGCUAACCGAUACGCAAGAUUUCAUCGGCGAACGAGGAGAAACGAUUGGGAGAUGCAAAUGGAAGGCUAGAAACAGGGAAAGAUUUCUUGUUAAUUCUUCUUGGAAUAACAAAGAGCAGAAGAAUUGUUCGAGUAUCAUGUCCUUGAAUUCAACGAGAAUGCUUCUAUUGAAAGACGAUGACGAUCAUUUUUUGAGCCAGAAGCUUGUUCGUCAAAAACAUCGUGACUUAAAGGAGCAAGGCAGAAUGAAGAAUUUGUCUACGGAUACAAAAUCGAUGAGAAACUAUCCCAGAAGAAGUUACUAUGAGCGUGGUUUCUCUGAAAGCUCGUACGAGCGUAAAGAAAAUCGGAAAGGAAUGGAUGUAGAGGAUAAGACAUGCUACGACAAAUUGAGAUCCUUCGAGGAACGAUUAUCGAAGCUCGAAAGGAGACGCGAAGAAGAAAACAAUUUCAUCAAUUUUCUCAGUGACUAUGAAAAACGCGUCAAUGAGCUGGAUGCUGAUUUCAGGCUGAAAUUGCUGCAAUACGUGACGUUGUGCAGGAGUGUGAAGAACUCGUUAAUGAAGAGGUUACGGCCUGAUGACGUUUACGAGGUCAAUUCGGGCUCUGUGUAGCAAAGGGGGAUCGAUUUAAAGUAGUUGAUUGAUUAAUGACGUGAUCGUGGUCGAUAAAAUAACGUGUUAAGCAUCGGGUCGAGGGUAGGAUGACUUUAUACCGCGUUCUGUAUUAGGUUUUUUUUCUCGUUGAUACUUUGUCGUGUUUAGUUGGAGAAAAAUGGAUUUUAGAUACAUUGGUGUAAAAUAUUGUUUUUUUUUUUGGAAAUAUAAAAUACAGAUGGUACUGUAUCGAAUUUUCUUUCGAUUUUUGUUAGGUUGUAAAUGUGUCUGAUUGAAUAUUUAGAUAUUCUAUUUAGAUUGUAAAGAGUAACGUAUAUUUUUGCAUUUUUGUUACAGGAUUUUAAAUUUGUACGACAUUUUAGUACGACAUAAUACAUUUCAAUGAUUUGAACAAUCUUACUUUAUAUUUAAUAAUUGUUUGGAUUAUAUUAGUUAUAAUAUAUUUUUGCCACACAAAGACAAUUAACGUUUACCUUAUUUUAGUCGCAAAACUUGCAAAAAAUUAUUUUCACACGAUACUGAUUGUGAUAGUAAUUUUUAAUAACAUUAUGCAAGGUUUACAAUCAUCGUACACAAUAUCUCUUAUAUUACUCUCUAAAUCUAUCUUCAGAAGUUCAGUUUUAUUUAAUCUGUAAAAUGUUACAAAAUUAAUUUAAAAAUAAAAUUCACUGCACAAUAUGCAUCCGAAUGAAAAUUCAGUACAAACACGGUUCUCACGGCGAAAAAACAAUUGCGAUCACCAUAGAAAAGUAACAAUAAAAUGCAGAGAAUUGUUCGAGGGAGAGUACUCGUUGCUGGAACCUUAUC